ACGCCAUAUUCACAUAUUAUGAAGAAUUGUAAGGUUAUGUUAUGAAUCGAAUAAAUACCUGCACACGUAAACAAAAAUGUAGUGCUAAGAAAUGAUUAAAAUUCAUCGUAAUUUGGAAAAAUGUAGUGUCAAACAGCAAAAUCCGAAAUCGAAUUGAACAACAAUUUUCUCGAAUCCAAAAGCUUAAAUUUAAAGAAAGAAAAGUAAACAUGGAGAAACAAGGAAUUGCCACAUUCUUCAAUCAGAUCACGGAAGACACAGUAUUCGAAGAUACUGAAAAUUGGUUAGUAGAUGAAAUUCCUUUCGAUUUUGUGGAAGAAAGUAAAGUUAGUCAGUCCAACAAACCUGUAUCGGAUGUAGCAGUAGCAGCUACUAGCGGAUUUCAACAAGACUCCGUAAAUCAACAGAUUAUAGCAGUAGAUGGAAUUCCGUUCGAUUUUGUGGAAGAAAAUAGAAUUAGUCAGUCCAUCGAACCUGUAUCGGAUGUAGCAGUAGCAGCUACUAGCGGAUUCCAACAAGACUCUGUAAAUCAACAGAUUAUAGAAGUUGAAGUUCACAGUGAAAAUAACAACAAUGAUGCAGCAACCAAUCAGUCCCUGCUACAGCCAAGUCGUUCUUUCGAGAUGCCAUCUCAGCAAUUGCAAUCGAUUGACUCAAUUUUCUCGCUAGGUGGCCAGGAAUUUUUUUUGAACAACUGUGGAUCCAAGCGUUUAGUAAUUGGAAUCACCAGUCCUUCUAUACCAGAAUUAAAAAUAACUUUUAAAAUCCAUGAUGUAAAAAAUGGCUGGCAGAUCUCAUUUGGUAAAAAAACGUGGGAUAGAAUUGUUGCAUGCGAAGGAGAAAUCAGGAUGUGCAUGGACAAUAACAUCAUGGUAGAGAUUUUUAACAGUAAUAGAAUUCGCGUAGAAACACAAAUGAUGUAUCAUCAGUGCUGCGUACAAAUUUUUGAUUACACAGAAACUCAUAUAACCAUGAUGAAGCCGACAUUCAUGAAAAUGAUGAGUUUGAAAGAGGAAAUUGAGAACGUUUAUAUUGAGCUUCUCAGAAAAAAGAAUGACGUAGCUAAAAGGAUAAAGAUGUUUGUAGAUAUAAGCUUUUUUCACUUGUUUAAAAGUAAUAAUGUAGAUAACCGACAUAACUAUAACUGGGUGACUUUGUUCAUGAAUCAAUCGUCAAACUUUUUAGAGUUGAGUAACUCUGUCGCUGCUACCUGGGCUCAGUUAGGAAACUGGAUUGCUGAAGAGCAUGCCCAAGAUCUCACCAACGAGCCAUAACAUUAUCAUUCAUUAGAAAAAAAAAACUUAAUUAGUCUUAAGUUGUUUAUUUAUUUUUGUUCAAUGUUUAAUUUCUUUGAUAAAUCAUUAUUCAAAAUCAUAGUUAUAAAGAGUUGUAACUAUAUAAAAUUUAUCGUUAAUUCAUAUGAUUGAGAAAUUUUAUAAAGUGCAUAGUUUAUAUAAAUAUUUUUAUAAGGAGAAGCUAUAUACUUGUACUGACUAAUAAUAAAUUAGAUGUAUACAUAAAAUAAUAUCGAGAUCUCAAGAUUUUCCAACUAUCCGCAUACACUGUGGUAUAGAAACAUUUGACAGAAAUCUGCUGUACCGACUAAAAACGUCAAAACGUCGAGGCUCCGGAACGCACUAUACAGUGUAAACACGUGGUAGUCGAUUGCAGGCCACAUUUUUCGAUCGUCGUGUAAAAUAUCAAAAUGUCUUCUACUAAAUCGAACGAAGAUGUUUCAGAGGAGGAAACCGAAGAGAAGACGAAACAGUUUCACGAGCUUGGCUUGGACGACAGAAUAUUAAAGGCAAUUGCCAAGUUGGGUUGGCUCGAACCCACACUUAUACAGGAAAAGACCAUUCCUCUAAUCCUAGAUGGUAAAGAUGUCCUUGUAAGAGCCAGGACAGGCUCUGGAAAGACAGGAGCUUUUGCAGUACCUCUGGUCCAAAAGAUCCUGUCGAACAAGGAAACACAACAGCACCAGCAGACAACUGGCCUGAUUUUAGCUCCCAGCAAGGAGCUGUGCAAACAAAUUCACGAGGUCUUUGUAAACCUCACCACAAAAUGUAGCAGAGAAGUUAGGUGUUUGGACAUCAGUCCCCAAGUAGAGCUUUCUGUACAGAAACCUCUGUUGGCUGAAAAUCCAGACAUUGUGAUCGCUACCCCAGGUAGAGCUUUGCAGCAUUUGAAGGCCAAGAAUUUAAAUGUCAAGAAAAGCUUGGAGACUCUGAUUAUUGAUGAGGCUGAUCUGAUUUUCUCCUUUGGCUAUGAAGAAGAAAUCAAAACACUUUUAGCAUAUUUGCCAACUGUUUACCAGGCAAUUUUGGCUUCUGCCACAUUGUCUGAAGAUGUAUUGUCACUGAAAAAAUUGGUUCUUCACAAUCCUGCUAUUUUAAAGCUGGAAGAACCACCAUUAGCGCCACCUUCACAAUUGGCACAUUAUACCCUGGCAGCUGAAGAAAAUGACAAAGCUGCAAUUUUGUAUGCAUUGUUAAAGUUACACUUAAUAAGGGGAAAGUGUAUUAUUUUUGUGAAUACUGUAGAUAGGUGUUACAAAUUAAAAUUGUUCCUGGAGCAAUUCGGGAUUCCCACCUGCGUUUUAAAUUCGGAAUUGCCAGCUAGCUCGAGAUGUAGAGCAGUUACACAAUUCAAUAGCGGAACGUACGACAUAAUCAUAGCUUCUGAUGAGAAAGCGUUGGAAGAGCCUCACGUUAUGAAGCAGAAAAGAGGCAAACGUCGGAAAGACAAAGAAUCUGGUGUGGCUCGCGGUAUAGAUUUCCAGUUUGUCUCCAACGUGAUAAACUUCGACUUCCCUCUCGAUAUAAAUGCGUACAUACACAGGGCAGGACGAACUGCCAGAGGAAAGAAUCAGGGAACAGCCCUGAGUUUUGUAGCAAUCAGGGAGCGACCGAUGCUAGAACAGGUCGAGGAACAGCUGAAGAAAGAUUAUGGUCAAGAAAACCUGUUUAAAACUUACCAAUUCAAACUUAACGAAGUAGAAGGAUUCAGGUAUCGAUCGAGAGACGCCUGGAAGGCCGUGACGCGUAUCGCGGUCCGCGAAGCCCGACUAAAGGAAAUUAAACAAGAAGUUCUGACUUGCGACAAACUAAAAAGCUACUUCGAGGACAAUCCGCGCGAUCUUCAAUCGCUCCGACAAGACAAAGCUCUUCACACCGUGAGACUCCAAGCCCAUCUAAAAGACGUUCCAGAAUACAUAGUACCAGCUUCGUUGAAAAGCAUGGCAAAUAUCGGCCGCAGAAAGCGUAAGUUCAACCGGGAUGCAGCCGCCUCUGGAGCAAGCGCCGCCAAAUCGAAAUAUCAAGCUCGAGCUUCCAACCCUCUCGCUGCUCUCACUCUCGCCAAGAAGAAGAAGUAGAGUAGUAUUUUGUACAUUGACUUUAAUAAACAUGUUUUUUUUUUAAGAAA